AUGCUUAAAGUUUGUCUGUCUGUCAUUCUGUCUGUCCAAGCCAAUCAGAUUGCAGCAUUCAAUAAAUNGAUUUCACAAGAAAACUUUGCCUUCUGUAAUCCAUUCAGCGUUGUAACAUAUCCAGCAGGUAUUUAUGCUUGGGGAAAAGAUCAACGAUCACUUGUCGAAAUGAUGAGUCCACAACCAUCAGCUUUAUUUCAUAUAAAAGGAAUGUAUGUCGGAUGUGAACCGUUCGAUUCGAUCGAAGAAAGUACACUCGAAUGUUUUUUUGAUCCUGUCUGUGUUAAUCGCACCACUCAAUUGAUUUCGAAUCUGCCAAUCAAUACUUGGCCUAAACCUCUGAAUAGCUCAAUGCCAUCACGUUUUCUGCAAAAUGACAAAAUUUCUCUUAUCUUUGACAAUUUAAUGGUUGAGCAAUGGAUUAUUAUGAAAAAUUUCUCAAAUUAUUACAUUGCUUGUGAACCACUUCAAUGUACUUAUACAUUCACACAGCGUAAUGAGUUUAUCUAUGUGAUUACUUUGUUGAUCGGUUUGUAUGGUGGUCUCACAGUCGUUCUGCGCAUUUUAGCACCAUUUAUCAUUAAACUUGGUCAAAUUCUCUAUGCAUACUUCACGAAAAGAAGUGAUCUUCAGCCGCGAUCUCAUUCGCAACAAAUACAAUCAGAAAAAUGGUAUACUCGCAUCAUUGAAAAAGUAAUUCUUAUCAAAACGAAUAUUGUUUCCCUGAACGUAUUCAAGGAUGACUUAAGUGAUCAACAGAUUGGAAUUCAUGCAACACGUGCUCAUCUGGCUCUGGUAGUCACCAGUGUGAUGGUUCUCGCAUUUUACUCAUCCCUGACAGUUCAUACUCGCACAGUAACAGUUGUGUCACCAUCGUCGACAACUUUCGAAGGUCUUUACAAAAAUUAUCCUGUAACACUUUCCUGUCCAUGUUCACAAGUAUCUAUACCUAAUAGCGAAAUGAUAACUAUAUCGACUCCUCGUUAUCAUCAGAUUUGCACGAGUAUGUUCUUGGAACCAGUUUGGUUCGAUGGUUAUUUUACGAUAAGAUUUGCUAAUAGUUCAGAAACUUAUUCUUUACCACUAACUGAUAUGCGAAUGAAUGGAAUUUACUCGUUUGGCAAUUAUCUUACUAUUUGUCAAAUUGCAAAUGAUACGAUCACCAAAGCGACAGCUGUGUUUAUCAAAGAUGAAUUUGUCACCGCUCAAGCACUUUCACGAUUGGAGUUCAAAGCACGACUAGAACCAGUUAUUUCCACGUUUAAAGCGCGUACCACGCAGAUUUUUGCCAUGCUGACAGCAUUGAUGCGCAUUUUUCUUGCCGGAACUGGAGUGGAGAGUGGAAUGACGUAUCAAUCAUUAAUGAUAAACGGUACAUCAUCGAUUCGUCGUUAUUCUCCGGCACCUGCCAGCUUGGGUACAUGCGCUUGCAGUGUGUCACUCGACUGUCCAGGACCCGCCGGUUAUUUUUUCUGUGUAAAAGGAAAUAACUGUACGGCGAACACCAGUGUUUGGGCCACACCUGGUAUUCGUAGCUCAUGUCUCAGAAUAGGUGGAAUGCUUAAUACUGAUUUACGCUGCUUUUUCGAUCAAACGUGUCUCGACACAGUUCGCUCUUUGUACAAUGUUGACAUGCCGACACGACUUCCAUUAUCAGCUGCUACGCUGGCUGUUCCCGUUCUUAACAGUUCGAUUUCAUCACGGUUCUCACCAAAUGAUUCCUUUGGUACAAUAUUAGAUCAACUCAUGGUAGACGAGUGGAUCAUAGAGGGCAACUUUGAAGGCUACUACAAAAUCUGUGCACCGCCUGCCUGUACAUAUACUUAUUCUCAACGAUUAGACGUUUUCUACGUAGUUGCAACCAUUACUGGUCUUAUCGGUGGUCUCAUCGUCAUCUUUCGUCUCAUUAUUCCUAUGGCUGCACGAAUUGUACACUGGCUGUUAGCUUAUUGUCGCAAUCGUCAUGUUAACAAUAUUGAAGAACAAUCAGAUCAAGAGCAUCCAACAGGUCAUACACCGAUUAAUAUCAAACAGAAACUGAUUAUGAUGAAUCUAUUCAAGAAAGAAAGUUCUCUUAGUCAAAUCGAGAAUGCGAAUGGACUGGCCAUCGUAGCAACUCGACUCUAUCUCAUGUUACUCAUUAGCAGUGUGCUCAUACUUCUUCUCUUUAAUAGUUUAAGAGAAACAGCCGUGUCUGUAACAGUAGAAUCACCUUCACUCAUUACUUUCGAACAACUGUACAAUGAAUAUGCAACGACUAUUUCAUGUCCAUGUCAACAAAUGGCAAUACCGUAUGGUGCCUUUCUUACAGUUUCACCUUCGUUCCAUCAGAUAUGCACUAGCGAUUUUACUCAAACUUUAUGGACAACAUCACUAUACGGCUAUGGCAGCACAAUCAAUAGCUAUGCACAACUUGAUCGACCUCUUCUCAGUAGACAACACCAACUAAUGGGCUGGCUUUGUUCAGAAAUCAGAAUAAUUGUUGACCAUGCUAUAUCAAACUUUAAUCAAACAAUGCUGGUGACUUCUACAGCUGUGUCUCGAGCGUCUUUUGCAUCGCAAACAAUCGAAAUCAUCCGACAACUGACUGAACAAACACCAAUGAAUUUUCGACGUUUGUUCAAUUUAAUUGUCGAGGUAUCAACAGGAGCGGUAAUUCCAUCGUUUUUUAAUACGGAUUGGUCAUUGGAAUAUGGAAAUUUUUCUAAUGAUUAUUUGUUACGCAGUGUGCCACGAAAAUUCACCAACAGUACCUGUAAUUGUGUUGUUUCCAAUGCUUGUAAUGAAUCUAUGCGAAUUGGUCCAUUUGAUCUUGUUUUGCCUGGUCUUGUUGUCGGUUGUUGGCCUAUCCAUGGUUUACGUAUGUCAACAUUAGAAUGCUUCUUUUCACAAAGUUGCGUUAACACAAUUAUUAAUUACCUCGAUUACUAUACACAGAUGGACGGAUCACCACCUAUCAAUUUCACUUUACCCAAUGAACCUUCUUUAGUUAUGAAUCCAUUAAAUAAGUCAAUAUCUUCACGUUUUGCUCCGAAUGCCACAAUUGGUACAUUAAUUGACGAAAUUUUCAUAGAGCAAUGGACUAGUUCAAGUACCUACGACAAUUACUAUACUGCCUGUAGGCCAAGUAUAUGUCGGUACGAAUACGUUCAGAAAAAUAAUGCAUUAUAUGUGAUCACAUCAUUACUUUCUGUCUAUGGUGGACUUACUGUUGGUUUAAAAUUUCUUGUUUGGAAUAGCAUAGUACUUUAUCGAUUCAUAAAAAAUCAUAUACAAACUCGUCGUAUGACUGUUCAACCAUGGAUCAUUCAGAAUUGA